AUGAGGAAAAGUGAAAGAUUUCUGAAUUCUGGUUCAAACACUUUGGAUGACUUUUCAGAAUUGUCAAGAAGUCCAAAAAUUUAAUUUUGUUCGCCAGAUGCUAAUAUAUCUUAAUUGGUAUAAAUUUAACCCGUUUUGAUUACAGAUAUAAAAUCAAGUUAAAAGAUAUAAAUAAAAAAUAACAACCCUUUAUUUUAGUCAUGCAAAUCUCAAAAAUCCCAAUUGGUCAAUCUAAAACAAUUUAGAAAGAUGGAAACAUAAUAUAGAGAAGAUAUCUUCAAAUCAUUGGCAACCAAAAAGAAUAGUUGUAAUUGCAAUGUCAUCCUGUCAGUUGAUGAUGAAAUAUUCAAUUAAAAAUCAGUUGAAAGACUCCUUUAGCAGAUUGGAUUCGAUGUUAAAUUGGCAUUCGGUGGUGACGAAGCAAUAAAUCUAAUUUUGAAUCUGAAACCUUGCAGUUCAGGAUGCAAUAUUUUGACUAUCAUUCUUAUGGAUUAUUAGAUGCCACGAAAGGACGGGAUAGCAACGACUAAAGAAUUGAGAAAACUCAUGUCAGAUGGAGUGAUACCUGAGAUUCCAAUAAUUGGUUUGACUGCCUUUACGGGCUAGUAAGAUAUUAGAAAUUGUUUGAUUGCAGGCAUGAGCGAUGUGUUAUCAAAACCAUUAAAAAUAUAGGAAUUAAAAGAUGUAUUAGCAUCUCUAUGA